UACAUACCAUUGUAGCUCGAUCAAUGCUAUCUGAGUCGAAGAGAUCAUGAGAGUAUCGGUCCUUGACUUGCUUGGCAUGGGUCGACCAGCUAGAGAUAGGAUCUUCCACGAUGUUUCUCUUAAUCUUCCGGGAAGCUUCAACUCGAACCCUGCAUCAAUUAUACUAUAUAUACGUUUAUGUAUUCACCAAACCGUAACGUGCGUCUUCAUCAAUUAUACUUCUUGCCGUCGCCUCCCUUCAGUCCAAGCUCGAUGGUCCAAACAGCCGGCAAACGCCCUGCUUCCGAAGGGUCUUCCUCCCGCUUCGGCCACCAUCUGCAGGACCCUCACCAGACUGCACCGACUGAGAAACGCCACCGACCCACGACCAGUUUCGCUUCGUAAGUGGUACCAUAAUAUCGAUAUAUAUUACAUAUGUAUAUAUCCCAGAUCGGAUGAUCUUAUUACAUGUUGCACCAUAUGCUCUUCCUUCUUCUAAUUGGCUGAUACCAGUCGUUUGUUUUCGCUUGUGGUCGAUAUGGUUUAAUUGCUUGGAGGAAGGAAAUUCCUGUUCUUUGUGUUUUCCGUCUUGGCAGUGUUGUUAUAAAAGCUGUGGAGCACAAUCAACGGGAGAAGUUUUGGUCAGCCAUGGAACCCGUGCUCAGAAAAGCGGUCCGCGUUUAUUGUUCUUUAACACAUCAAUCUUUCAUUGUCGGAUUUCAUUCCGUAAUUUCUUCCAUAUUAUACUUGCGAAUCAUCAUCAGGUGAGUGAAGAGUUAGAGGAACGGCUAGGCCUUACUGCAGCCGGGAGCCAUCCCUUGAGAAGGUCUCCGUCACUCCGAGUCCAGGCACCUGAGCCCCUGCCAGUCAACAUCCCUCUCCACCUCGUCUUCCCCAAAACCCUCAAGCUCCCCAUCUUCACCCUGAACGAGAUUGUGUCCCACGAUAAUUCCCCCGUCCGAGUCGUCCUUCUCGACCCCAGAUCUGACUUGAAUAUCGACACCGUUGGCCCACUUUCGACAUUCCUCCGGUUCCCAAUCAAGCUCGAGAUCAUGGUCCUUGAUGGAGACUUUCGUCCUCUCCGCCCGGAUGGUGAUGGUGUGUGGACAGCCGAGGAGUUCGAGAACAGCAUCAUAAGAGCAAGGGUGGGUAAACGGCCGCUCCUGGCAGGAGACUUGACUGCCACCCUCCGGCCCGAUGAUGGCAGCAGGGAGCUGUUGAUGACCUCCUUUGCCCAGCUCCAGCUCACGGACAACUCGAGCUGGAUCCGAAGCCGGAAGUUCAGGCUCGGGGUUCGAGUCAUCCCAGGAAGCUAUCCCGGUGUAGUCAGGAUCCAGGAGGCCGUGAGCGAACCCUUCGUCGUCCGAGACCAUCGUGGAAAAUCUUACGAGAAGCAUUACCCACCAAAAUUGGAAGAUGAAGUGUGGAGGCUUGAGAAAAUUGGAAAAGAAGGAAAUCUCAGCAUGAAGUUGGCUUCUGCCGGUGUCAUAACCGUGCAAGAUUUCUUGAAGAUGUCCAUUGUCAACCCUCAACCGCUCCGAAGGAUGAUGGGUUCCGAGAAAAAAUUGGAAGUGAGUUUGAAACACGCAAGGACAUGUGAGAUCUUCAAGGCGUCUGGUGAUUCAGUGAUCUUGGAUCCGAUAUGUAACGUUUUGAGCGCAAAUAUUGACGGGCAGAUCAUGUACACCGAUACAGAAUCGGCCAGUCUCUUCCAAAGGCAUACAUUGACGAGCUGGUGAAAAGUGCCCACUGCAACUGGGGACAGCUGUCGGAUGCGGUGUUCGUUGCCCCCCUGGUGGCAGAUGAUCGGACUAAAUGUGUUCAUGACGGGGAGCGAUUGAUGAGAUCAACAACUACAUGUGGUACGAAGUCAAAGAUUCAACUCGUUACCAUAUCAUAUGACAAGUAGCAACAUAUAUAUACAUGUAUGUGAGUGUGCGGAUGGAUCAUUUAAUUUACACAAGAAUAUUUGUAGGUACGUUAUAUAGUCCUUCCCGGAAUCCCGAUAUAUACAUAGAUGUUGUAUUAAGAGGAAAGGGGUAUGUUGUGGCAACGUGUGAAAAUUAAUAUUAUUAGACUAUACAUAUACAUAUACAUAAACAUGUAUGUAUGAAGUGGGUCCACCCAGUAGGGAAGAAUAUGCACUGAAACCCUAGAGGGAGAGGUGUGGUCCUUGGUGGCUCUUGUAUAAAUUACGUGGAAACAAUGUUCUCGUAUAAUACUUUUCCAUGGAUACAUGUAUGUAUGCGUGUGUGUAUAUAUAUAUGGAGAAGUGCAAUAGAAGUAGUA